AUGAGGCUUCGUCUCCGACACUUCGGACGCAAUAACUGUAUCCCUUCGGCCGAGCCCUCGCAGCCCACGAAGCGCUCCCGACGCCCCAUGCAUUGCACAUUGCACAACUCCCGGCGCAAAAUUCCCCCACCGCAGUAUCGGGCGAUUCCUCGGCAAGAGAAGCCCCAGAGAGACCCAGAGCCCAGCCCCCCGGCCCCCCCCGCCCGAGAGCCCGCUUCAGCCGAGCGCCCUGCAGCGUCGCCCGCCGCGGCCGCAGCACAAGCAUGUCCAGCGGAAAGCGUGUCACGGUGCCCGCAGGAAGGCCCUUCGCCGGCGCCGCUGAAAGGCCUCGCGGGAAAACCUCAUCUCCGGCCGUCACGCGCGGGGCCACGCCGUCGCUCGCCACACGACGCCCUCGUACCGGAAAAUAGCGCCGCGUCAGGAACUUUCCCGACGUGCCCUCGUAGCUACUUGGCAUUCCUCGUGCUCGCCUCACCCUGGCAGUGA